GCGGAGGCGCGGAGCGGCAGGAAACACACAGUGACGCCCACUCAGGCAGUCCCAGCGCAUCAGAGAGAAGAGGAGUCCGCACACAGAUACUUCAGGUCCGGAUCAAGUUGGAGUGGAGCCGCGUCCUCUCCAAAGUGCGCACGGCGCGUCACGGAGCAGCGGAAAGACGCAAACGGAUCAGUCCACGUUCGGUUUGCGCUUUUUAUCUGGAAGCUGUUGAUCUCCUGCGGACUUUAGGGAGGAAUGUUUGUCUCUGAUCGGAUUAUCGCUCCCCUCAGCUCCCGGUGACUGUCGCCACCCCAGCCGGGCUCGGUCCCUGCCGCGGCCGCCCACAGCGCCUCCUCCCCGGCCUCCUCGCAGCUCCAGCGGUCGUUCAUAUGAGCGCAGCGUUCAGUCCGUCCUUCAUGGUGAUGCAGCGGCCACUCGGAAGCACCACCGCCUUCAGCAUCGACUCCCUGAUCGGGGGGCCCCCGCAGCCCAGCCCGGGACACUUCGUCUACACCGGGUACCCGAUGUUCAUGCCCUACCGGUCCGUGGUGCUGCAGCCGCCCCCGCCUCCACCUCCAGCCCUGCAGCAGGCUCUGCCCAGCGGUCACCACCCGCAGAUUCCAAGCCUGCAGAGCGGCUUCUGCUCCAGCCUGGCGCAGGGGCUGACGCAGGGCAUGGCGCUCACCUCCACCCUCAUGGCCUCGCUGCCCGGCGGCUUCUCCCCGUCCCAGCAGCACCAGGAGGCCGCCAGGAAGUUCGGCUCCCAGGCCCUGCACGCCGUCUUCGACAAAACUCAGGAGCUGCGGCUGGAGGCGGAGGACGGGAAGAGUUUCCUGCCGGGGAAAGAGUCCGCGCUACCGGCUUUCCACGACGCGGACACGCCGCUGCAGACAUCCACAGCCAGAGCUCACAGUAAAGAAGACUCCAAGGAAGAGGAGAGCGGCAGGAAGGAUGAGAGCUUCUCUAUGGACAGCGACCUGGACUACAGCUCCGAUGACAACCUCACGUCCAUGUGCCACAAGGAGGACGGGGACGGCGGUGGAGGCCUGGACGACGCGCCGCACCUUCACGGCUCCUCCGGCGGCGGCGGUUGCUCGGCCGGCGGCGGCGCGAUGGGCGGCGGCAGCGGCAAGAACCGGCGGCGGCGCACCGCGUUCACCAGCGAGCAGCUGCUGGAGCUGGAGAAGGAGUUCCACUGCAAGAAGUACCUGUCCCUGACCGAGCGCUCCCAGAUCGCGCAUGCGCUCAAGCUGAGCGAGGUGCAGGUGAAGAUCUGGUUCCAGAACCGGCGCGCCAAGUGGAAACGGGUCAAGGCCGGAAACGUGAACAACAAGUCCGGGGAGCCGAGCCGGAACCCCAAGAUCGUGGUUCCGAUCCCGGUGCAUGUGAGCCGCUUCGCCAUCAGGAGUCAGCACCAGCAGAUGGAGCAGGCCAGGCCGUAGAAGAACUGCAGGUACCUUCACGCAGACCUGGUUCUGUGUGCAGCGAUGAUUUCUGAGCCGAACCGGAAACAUCUGAAAAACUCUAAUGACUUUAUUUGUUUUGACCCAUUAAAUUAAAAUGUUUCCUCUUUAUUCCAUAAUUCUGCCUGAGAUGGAUGGAUCAGAACAUUUAUCACCUCGAUGAUUCGAUUCUGAUCAGUUUGUGACCCAAACUCGUUUCUUUUUACCGUCUGAGCCUGAGAACGUUGAUUCCGCAGAAAGAGCCGCAGCUUUAACCGCGAACCCGCUGCAACUGCGCCAAAAACUGCGGCGCAGUGAGAGAGCAGGAGGAGGACUGCUGAUCAUCUCCUCUUCUUCAUGUAAAUACAGACAGGAGGCGCUGAGGGAGAUCUUCCUGCUGCUUUGGACUGAAUGAAGCUGCUAAUUUAUUUAUACGCAAAUGUGCAAAUCUGCGAUUAAAGGACGCAAAGUGAGGUGAUGCGUUCAGUCUGACUCAUUUCCACACACCCCUCCAUCUGGACGGCAUUAAUAAGAUCAGAAGAUCCAUUUUUACGCUUAUUGAUAAUUAUUUACACGCAUUUAAUUUCAUUCUGAAGGCCUCAAGUCUUCAAAAAUAAAGAACAACCCGCAGAAAUGGGAGGAAAUUAGGCCCAAAACAAACAGAUUAAUGAGGCAGAAUUUGAGAACCUUUCCAAACCUGAGUGGAAAUUAAAACUAAUUCAUCUAAAGUCAAAAUAACGGUUUAAUUUUUACCCGGCUCCAGUGACGUCAUUCGCCCAUUAAUCAGGUUUCUUCCAGUCAAAAAUAACCCAAAUCGAAGUUGUUUCGCUGCUCUAAACUGCAACCGGAACCGGUCCGGUAGAAUGCGCAGGAAGCUGGACUGAAGCACCUUUGCGUAAUGACGCGGCCCAGUUGCCAGGUCUCUGCGUCAAAAAAUUCCCCUCUAAAUUGACGCAAAUUUAAACUUUAAAGCAGUUUAUUAACAGUGCUCAGUGAAAACGUUUCUAUUUCUAUUAAUUAAUUUAGAAAAUAGUUCGGAGCUUAUGAAGAGAAAAAAUAUUUUCAGACCAAAACCUUUAAUUUAUAAAAUCAUAAACAUGUUUAAAUCAUUAAAUUAACUGAAAAGAAAGUCCGAAUUUCUCAGAAAUUCAGGAUUUAUUGUUUAGAAGUUUGGGAUUAAAUUGUUUAAUUUAGUUUAUUUAUUGAAAGAAAGACUUGGUCCCUCAUCAUCACCUCUGAUUUCUGGAAGAAGGUUCUGGUCCAGGCUCCGGGCCUCUAGUCUCACAGGAAGCAGCGCGGACCUGAACCUGGAUCAUGGCCUGCAGAGGAGGUCCCAGGAGGCCGGUUAAAUGAGACCGGCGGGGGUUCAGCCUCCCAUCCUCAUCUUUAUCAUCACCUCAUCCACCAUCUGCUGAGAAAUCCUCAGAUAUUACGGCCUAACCCUUUUUCUGUAACAAUUUACUCUAAGCAGAUGUUUCUAAAUAAAUAUUUCAGCUCUUUAGAUUCAGGUUCUGCUCAUUUUCAGAUGAGGCUAAAGAUUUUUUUUUGGCUCAUUUUUAUUUCUAUUAAUGAUUCGUUACUGAGUAAAACCUUUAUUUGUUGCCAUAUCAAGUUAAAGCUUUAAUACUCAUUACUUGUCAUUUAUGUCAAGAAGGUUUGGUCCUAAGAAAAUAUAAAAAUUUAAGGAUCUGAAAGUAAAAAACAAAAUUAGCCCAAUUAAAUCCUGUAAAACUAUCCGUGUGAAUUAAGUCUGAUGAGUUGUUUAAUUCACCUUAAAGAUUCAUGCAGUUUUUGUCACAUUUCCAUUUCCUCGCAUAUUUGCACAUUUCAUUUAAUCCAAAUUUAAAUCAAUUUUCAGGUCUGAUUUUUCCAGAGACAUUUGGAAAUGCUGAGAACUUUGCAGGAAUGUCGGCUUCAUCAGGGUUUCAGUGGGAUUAUUUUAUCAUCUGGUUCUCUCCUACAUUUAGCGUUCUAAAAACAGGAACUGUUCCUGAAAAUGACCACAAAUAAAAAGCCGCAUGUCGCGUUUAUAUUAAGAAGCAUUUUUCUUGUCUUUAUUGAAAAGAGACAAAUUACAGUAGAAGAUUCUGCAUUAGGUAGAAUUUCUCAACAUUGGUACUGUACAACAAAAUUUAACAAUAAUAAUAAUAAUAUUAAUUAGAUUAACAGUGACAACAAUAACAAUAAUGCAUCUGGAUGAUAAAACAGGGAAGCAUGAAUAAAACGGGGAUGGAGGUUGGGACAAAUUGUACAGAAAGGUUUGGGGUUUUUCUCCGUUGAGAAAUAAAACGGACAUCCUGGGUGGUUGGGGGGGAGGCAACACUU